ACAGUUGCCAACAUGGCUAGUUGGGGCGGUGCUGAGGAAGAAGAACUAGAUACUCGGAACCAGCAGAGGUCAUAUGCCCUUGCGGGAAAAGUCUCAACCCUUCGAUCGCUGGCCCUAGACAUCGAGAAUGAAGCUUACGAACAUAACCGGCUGUUGGAUGGGAUGGGAAACGACUUCUCAAGCGGCGAAGGAUUGAUGAUGGGCAGCUUGAACCGAGUGAAGAAUCUCCUCACGUCAGGAAGGCAGAACCGCAAGGUUAUGUGCUACAUGUCCGGUUUCGUCAUCGUCUUUGUGAUCGUUCUGUGGUACCUGUCGUCACGGAUGUUCAGCAGCGAGUGAGAGGUCGGAGGGAGAGAUUUUAGGGGGGGGGGGUGUAGGGAAGUGAACUGGGUGAGAAUGGGGUGUAUCUGUGAUGAGCUUUUUUCUCAUACGUAUUCUUAAUCUCCUUUUGUUUUUCUUCAAAUUUCUUUUUUUUUUUUCUGUUCUUUUCUUUUUUAGGAAGAAGGUAAAUAAUUAUUGGAAUGGAAGGUUAAAUGUAAUAUUUUCUUUCUUUCUUUCCAAUUCUCCCAAGGAAGAGAAUUCAUUUCGAUAUUUUAUUGUUUUUCUCUUCUUCAAGAAAGAAGGUGCGCGUUAAAUGCAUUAGUGUGACGUUUGCUCACUUUUUAGCUAUGUGAUGGAUGGCUGUUUAGACUGGACAAACUAGUUUCCACCAGUUAAGGUUGUUUGGUACAUACAAAACAUACUUCGCAGGUUUUAAUAAACAGAGUGAAGUAAUUCCGAGAGAUAUUUUUGUAUUUGAAUUAUUGCAUAUAUUGUGCUUUUGACAUUUAGGUGAUGUAACACUCCACAUCACAAGUGUUAUGGAUUGAUAUCUGUGAUCAAAGUGGAUCCAUUUGAUUAAUAAAAGAAUCAUUGUUUCAUUCCAAUAUUUCCUGUCCAUCUCUGUAGUUUUUCUUAUAUUAUUCUCAAGAAUCUUUUCUUCUUUUUUUUUGAACAUUUUAUUGUUUAUCCCCCAUUUUUAUAUAAAUCUACCUAAUUUCAAGCCAUUGUUUUCUUCCUUACAAUAUCUUUAUUCUCAGAGUUGCAAUGAAUAUAGCAUCAUUUUAUUCGUACAAAUAAAAAGUAUUUAUAAAAAGUCUCUAGUGGUAAAAACACACCAAAACAGAUGCCAGGUCUUCAGUUUCAGUAGCAUGCAUGACUGCAAUUUUAAUGCAAUAUAGUGAUCAAUUUACAAUUCAUUUUAUCGGUGAAGAUUUAACUUUAUGUCCGGCAUUCCGCCCAUUGUUGCCGGGUUAACAGAAGUACGGGACACUGUGACUUUUUGCUCAUUAUUUAUUUCUUAUUUACUUAUUAUUAUUACUUUUUACUUACAUAGAUAUUUAUGCAUCAGAAAGCCAGUUUUACUUGUCUAACUGUUCACCGAUUUCCGCGAUUUUUGGAAAGGUUCUUCUUGAUUUUUUAUCGCUAUUAUUAUCGUAAUGAUAAUAUUAUGAUAACCCUGAAUAAUCAUAUAGUGUAUAAUGAUAACAACAUUGCUAAGGAAAACAUCCUUAAAACCUCAAAGAAAUCAGGCGAGGUCACUUAGGCCUCGUAAUGGGCUCCUUGGUGGCUGGGUACUUGUGGCACCAUCCAGGUGCAAGUACAAUGCAAUAAAGAAAAUUACAGCAAACAGUACGAUUAUCCGACAGCAAUGGGUUAGUAUCAUUUCGUCUUAUUCUUCUUUGUGAUUCAAAUCAAUCCAUCUUAUUCACUCUGAAUGGAGUUAAGUACAGAAGUGUAUAUCAGAAAAGGAGAGAAAACAGUGCAUGUGUUUAUAUAUAUAUAAUAUAUAUAUAUAUAUAUAUAUAUAUAUAUAUAUAUAUAUAUAUAUAUAUAUAUAUAAUAUAUAUAUAUAUAUAUAUAUAUAUAUAUAUAAUAUAUAUAUAUAUAUAUAUAUAUAUAUAUGUAUAUAUAUAAAUAUAAAUAUUUAUAUAUAUAUAUGGUCGAUUAAUAAAAAUAUGAAACAAAGACUGUACCUCAAUUUUUUACUCCGAUGAGUUUAGGCUGAUUUGUGUAUUAGACAAAUAUACAAUGUAUCUUGACAGUGUAUGCUUAUCAACAGGUAUAUUAUGUAUUAGUUUAUAUAACAAGGAUGUACUUGUAAACUCCUUGUUGUUUUGGGAAUAUUACCUGUGAUAUGUUUAAUUUAUUUAGACCCACUAAUAUUACUGAACUGGUUGUCUUUAAGAUUUGACAUAUUGUGUUCCCGAGUUAAAUCAUGUUUUUUUUUAUAUAUAAGGUCUAGUAGUGACAGAGAUUUGUUUUAACUUAUGAUUGUUUUUAUUAUUGUUGAUAUAUCUAGACAUGCAAAACUUUGAAAUGUAUAAACAUGAGGGUAUAAAAAGGCAAAAUUCAUAUGGAUUUAUAGGUAUAUAGAAAUCCAUUGAUUUGUGUAAUAUAUACUCUUUAACUGUAAUUUCUGUUAUAAAAUUUAUACAGUAAAACAUCAGUUCCAUGCAUUUCUUACUCCAUAAAUUAUAUUCAUGCCCUGCACUAUCUACAGGGAUAUACAGUAAACACUUUCCUAAUAAA